CGGCGCACGCGCAGCGCAAGUACCGUGCAAGCCUACCGGUGUUGCGAAAACCGUGACUCGAUACAUGCAAGAUGGCGUCUGAAGUGAAUGAGUGGUACAGAGGCAGAAAGGUCCUCGUGACCGGCGCUUCUGGUCUCAUGGGCAAGGUGCUGAUCGAGAAGCUUCUGUACAGCGUGCCUGAUAUAGGAUGCGUGUACGCUCUAGUCCGCAGCAAGCGUGGGAAGACACCCGAAUCAAGAAUCGAGGACAUGUGGAAACUGCCUUUGUUCUCACGUAUAAGAGAAGAGAAACCGCAUGCAAUGAAGAAGCUUGUACCAGUCACGGGUGAUAUAUUAUACGACGAACUUGGCAUUGAAAAGGCUCAGCUAGAAGAAAUUUAUGAAGAGGUAUCGAUAGUAUUCCAUUUCGCAGCUAGUCUCCGUCUAGAAGCACCACUAAAAGAGGGGCUAGAAAUGAACACCAAAGGAACUCUCCGUGUUUUAGAAAUGGCAAAGAAGAUGAAGAAGCUUGUUUCAUUCGUGCACCUCUCUACAGCAUUCUGUUAUCCCGAUUAUGAUAGAAUGGCUGAACAGGUACACGCCCCACCUGCCAAUCCUCACGAAGUAUUGCGAGCAUCGAAUUGGUUGUCCGAUGAGCAGUUGAACAUACUAGCUCCUUCUUUGAUGCAGCUACAUCCGAAUUCUUACACAUACUCCAAGAGGCUUGCCGAGGCGUUGGUGAAGGAGAGCUAUGCCGAUAUACCGACAGUUGUUGUGCGACCGAGCAUAGUGACCCCAGCCCACAAGGAGCCGACACCAGGUUGGGUUGACAACCUGAACGGCCCGAUAGGUCUUAUGAUCGGUGCAGGCAAAGGUGUCAUCCGUACAAUGCACUGCUACGGUCACUACCAUGCCGAGGUCAUACCUGUGGACAUCGCUAUCAACGCCAUUAUACUCAUCCCUUACUAUAUUAAUACAAAAAUUGAGAGGCGCGCAGAAAUACCAGUUUUCAAUCUUACCUCUGGUGAUGAUAGAGAUACAACCUGGAAGGAGGUUCUAGAUGUAGGGAAGGCAACAGUAAGAAAAUUCCCUUUCGAAGGCCCACUUUGGUACCCUGAUGGAAAUAUAAGACACAAUAAACUGAUACAUGAGCUCUGCGUUUUCUUCUACCACAUCAUACCUGCGUAUCUCAUCGACUUCUUGAUGCUUAUAUUUGGACAGAAAAGAUUCAUGGUGCGCAUACAAAACCGGAUUUCAGUAGGUCUGAUGGUUCUACAAUAUUUUACAACACGUGAAUGGUGGUUUGAUACCCACAACUUUAAGGCUCUAGCGACCAAACUGAACCCAACGGACUUUGCGACUUACCCGAUGAAUCUAAAGAUUAUCGAUGUCGGGCCUUAUAUAGAGAGCUGCAUGAUCGGAGGCAAAUUGUAUUGUCUGAAGGAGAAGCUAGAGAAUCUACCAAAAGCGAGAAUGCAGAAUAAUAUAUUAUUUGUGUUGGACCUAUUAGUUUCAGCGUUUUUAUAUCUAUUGGUGUUGUACUGGAUGGUCACAUGGUUCGAACCUCUUAGAAAUCUAUUAACUUACGGUGGUCCUUUUGUAAGAUAUUUGCCACUUGUUGGAAAUGCAGUAUUCAGGGACGAAUGAACAAGUAAAUAUGAGUGUAUUUCCUGAAAUAUUCAGAAUUUUUAUAAGUACUGAUUGACUUUGCAAAUAAAACAUACGGUAACAGUAAAUAAUGAAUGUAAUUGGGGAAGUAUUUGCAGGUUAUGAAAGGUUAUGAGCGUAGCAGGUAAGCAAUAAAAUAGCCGACGAAUUCUGCUCCCGCUUAGAUUACAGUAAUCAUAAUGUUUAUAAAUUUCAGAUUUUGUCAUUAUUACCUACCUUAGUAUUAAUAUCGCAGGAAAGUACAAGGACAAGAGUGAUUUCCUUUAAUGUACCUACAGUAUACACCUUCUCAAAAGUAUAUGUUCGAUUUAAUUUUUUAAGACUUACUGAUAAAUUGUAGUGAAAUGCCCAAUAACAUUACACCUGGCCUAGCAAUAACGAUUUUUUUUUGUUUUUUAGUUGUUUCGCAAUGCAUGAACAAAUGUGCACAAGUUACGAUAUAAUUU